AUGACAGUGACAAGAGAUUUACAAUCUUCUUUGCCUGAAGAAGCGAACCGCGCGGCAACACGGCUGCGUCAUCCCCAGAACGAUGGAGGUGCAGGCUUUUGGGCCUCUGUCCCGAGAGAGGGAGAGAAAGAGAACUGUGUGGUGCUUCAACACAGCAGGCUGGUGAAGCGCGAAAACACAGAGGAGGCAGAGCAGGAAGAAAAGCGAGAGCCUUCAUGUCGACAACAGAACGACAUGGUAGAUCUGUCUUCGGGAGGACCGUGUGCUGUCGUCCCCCCCUGUCCUCGCACUGGGCAGAGCCAAGAAGCGAGAGAAGAGGAAACGCGGCAGACUUCGACUCGAUCCGGAGGUGGCUCUGCGUCGGGCUCUAGCUCUCCGUGUGGAUCCGCAAGGACUGACUGCGGGGGCGAUGCAGGCGAGCAGCUUUCAAGCGGGAGGAGACUUCUGAAGUCACUCGACAGGGCGGAGGAAGCCGGGACUGGCGCAAGCACAGAGGCAGAAAACCCUGCCUGUCGGGCGAGGAGCGAGGAAAGUCUGCAGAAAGCGUUUUCGCCGUCUUCUGGACCUGCAAGCUGGCUGGAAGGAGACGCAGAGUGUCGAGACACUGCACGCGCGGGGAGAGGCCAAGCGGUACACUCUGGGAGCACAGGCGCCACGAGGCACGACCAGCCGCAGGCAAGCGGAAAGGUCGAGGGAGAAGAACAAGGAGGAAACGAAUCGGUUGCUACGCAAGACGAGGGAGAAGCGACUUCUGAAAAAGAGAUUGAAGGCGAAGCAGGACGUGCAGCCGAAGAGGGGAACGACGCGCCGGAAGGCAACAAGCGAGAAACAGCGUCCCCAUCGUCUCCCCGUGUCUCUCUGCAAGCGUACGAAGGCGUCUGGAGAGGCAACAACCAACACGACACUGUGUUGAUUUGUUUUUCCGAUGAUGGAGGAGAGAACGCCGCCGAUGCAUGCGACCACCCGAUUCCUUCUCUCUCGUCCUCUGCGGUUUCUCUCGCUUCCUCCGGUCCUCAGUCUUCCAGUUGUUCCUUCUCGUCGACUGCCUCGGACUCUGUCAACCACCUUCUCCCCCCGCUCUCGUCUUGCCCCUCUUUCUCGCCGUCUUCUUCCUCGUUGACGGCUUCGUCUCCGACCAGUCCUUCUUCUCUCUCUUCUGAAGCGUCGUCGGUCUCCCGAGUCUGCUUCUCUUCAUUGGUGUGCUCAUCUUCCACCCUCUCCGCUUCCCCUGCUGCCGAACCGUCGCGGUCGGCCUCUGCCCCUGCCUCUCCUCCCUCAUCCUCAUCUUCUUCCUCCUCUUCUUCUCCCCGGUCUCUCUCUUGUUCUCUCUCGUCUGCGUCGUGGCUUUCUGCGGACUUGUCUCGGCGGGAUGGGGAGACUCGCUGCGGCUUCGACUUGCAGCCGACACUCCCCGAGGAGGGCGUAGCCCACCGAACGCGACGGACGCGAGCGUCUCUGUUUCCUUCUUCGGAUUUCCUCUCUGCUGCAGAAGAUUUCCCGGCUCCCCACUCCGCUCUCUCGUCUGUGGAGUGUGGCGGGCCGAAGCUGGAGAGGAGCGACGGCGUCGACUUCACCGUCGCAAGAAAACGAGGAAGGACAAGAGGAGAGAAGAAGCCAAGGCGGGACCUUCGGAGCGACGGCGCAGACGGAACAGAACUUCUUUCUGAGUGGGACAACGUGAUCUACAGAUGUCGCGAAGCCGCUCUGGAACGUGAGAAACGCCGGGGGGCCUUCGGACCCGCCCCCCUCGCCUCUCGCCUUUUACGGCAGCCUCCAGGAGCGUCGCUCCUGCCUCUCGUCGCCCUCUGGUCAACCUUAGACGAGCUCGGGAGGGAAGAGGUCAGAGCCAGACGCCCUGCACACUCACGCGCUGAAGGCGAGGAACGGAGUGGAGACCGAGAAAACGCGAAGGAAGCGUGUGGUGUGCACCUUGUAGAGGAUGAGGACAGGGGGCAACCUGGAGAGCGCGACGCCCGCCGUCCUGCACAAAUGCCAGGAGGACAAGAGAGACGAAACGAAGAAGGAGAGGGAGAAUGGAAGGGGAGAAAAGGACGAGCUGAAGAUCAGAGAGAAGGAACUCAGCGGCUGCGGCCAGAGAGGAAUGCGUCGUUUGCUUCGCCUCCUCCUCUCGUGACAGACAGUGUGUGUCUCUCGAGCGCGCGGCAGCACCAUGUGGAAGAACGCAGCGAAAUACGCGAGAGAGAAAUUUGGAGCCACGCUGGUCAAAACAACCAACUUGGUUCAACUUGUGAGAACACGGAAGGCAUUGGAGAGAGCGAGACGAGGACCCAGGUAGCCUCUGCGGGUUGGGUCCAGGGAACUGAAGGGAGGGAGGCGAGGCCAGACACGCCGAGCGCUUCAGCUCUUCUCGACUCCUCUUCUCAGUUGUCUCUGAAUGAAGUUCCUUCGUCUGUCUCCGUGUCUUCUUCUGUGGAGUUUGAUUCCUCUUCUUCGGCUUCUCCCUCUGUGACCGUCGGUGUUCCUCUUGAGGGGAAUGGAACGACACCAGCUGCGGACAGCCGCUGCGAAGACACAGAAGCUCAUCAUGUUGAUCUCUGUCACCCAUCUCAGAGCCGUCAGAAUGCCGCUUCUCUCGGGCAGAUUGCAGAAGUCACUGAACCCGAAGCUCCACCCCUUCUUGCACCUUCUUCUCUUUCUUCUUCUCCUUCUCUCUCUUCUCUGUCUUUUCCUUCUCUGUCUCAUUCUUCCUCUCUGCCACUGCAUGCGUCCGCUGUCUCCUCUGUUCCUUUGAGUGUCUCUGUGAACUGUGGCGAAGAACCUUCUUCUCCGGAGUCACCCUUGCCGGCCGCUCCUGGGGAAGCCGGUGGAGACAGGGAAGAGGCGUAUCGUCCAACAGUGUCCCCAGAGAGGGAGCAGGAGGCUGGAGAAGACGUGGGCAGCGCCGAGGCGAGAAGGAGAUCGGAAGCACAAUUGUCCGUCCCGAUCGUUCCUCUUUCGCGGCCAAUUCGCGAGACGAAGCAAGUUGAAGCGCAGCUGUCUCUCCUCCACCGUCUUCUUCUUCGAGUCGCUUCCUCACAGACUCUGUCGGGCAUGCCUCCUCCUUCGUUGUCGCCUCUGUCUUCCCCGGCUCUCAGCCUCGAGCUUCCCGCUUGCAGAGUGGCGAGGAAAGACAAGGAAGGAAAGAGGAGAGGCGGGGCGCCCCGAAGGCCGAGGAAGCGCCUGAAGACAGACGCACCACCUGCUCGGGGGAGCUUGCAGGACAGCGAAGAAGCAGCGAACAAAACGCGUCUCGAAUGCGGAAGAGGGAAGCCAGGAGAUUCGGAGAGAGAAGACGCGCAGAGCGAGGCGAGGCGUGAGCGAGAAACACGGGGAGCGGACAUGGAGCCAGUUCGAGAGAAACUGGAGAGGGCUGCUCUGGGCAAGAGAGAAGCAAAUCGAACGGUUGCGUUGGCAAGCAUUCGAUACAUCCGCCAGCGCGUUGAAGAUGCACUGGCCCGAGUGCGCUUGGUUUUCGAGAUGAAUACUGCGAUGAAAGAAACGAAAACCAAGGAAGACAGAGGUUGCGCAAAGCUGAGGGAAGGUGCAAACGAGGCACCGGAGGCGAACGAGGUGACUGCGGAACAGAGGGAAGACAUACAAAUGCGAACACAAGGCGACCGGAGCCGCGAGGAAGGCUACGCAGGAGAAGAGCGAGAGACGGGAGCAGAUCCUUCGCAAGAAGGAGAAAUGCCUGGGGAAGAGCAGGGAGAAUCUGCGAGGAUGCAGAGGAAGGUGGAGCCCGUCGAAGGCAAUGACGAGAGAGAGAACAGCGGAGACACCAGAGAGAGCGGAGUUGCGCGGAGACCAAUAUCAACGGAUUCCUCGAAGGGAGAAAAUAACGAACUGCCACAAACAAGGCGAAACUCCGGAAGUGACUCACCCGAUGCGGGAGGAGCGCCCACGCUGCCCUUGUCGUCCGCGGAAAUGGGGGUGUCGAGUUCCAACUCGGAUUCUCUCUCUUCUCCUUCUUCCGUUUCUGCUUCGCUUGCUUCUUCAUGUCCUUCGUCCUUGUCGCUGGCUGUAACUUGCCCUUCGUCUGUCUCCUCGUCUCUGCAUUUUUCGCUGCCGCUUUCGGAGCCCACAACGUCGGCGGCAACAGGCGGCUGUGGGGCAACCCAGGAGAGGCCUGGGGAGAAAGCCACUCUGUCUCCAUGUUCAGAGCAGCCGACGGAGACAGCUACCAGAUCCCUCGACAGGGAAGUUCGCCAGUUGUAUCACCUCCUCACUGACGGGGCGAACCGACGGCUGGCGCGUCUGGCUCUGCUGCGCGAGGCGCUGGAUGGCGUGUCGCUCUUCAUCGAAGAUCUCCGCGCGGAGUUUCCGGACCUCUACCUCGACAGUAUCCGUCGCUCUCUGUCGCCGCCGAAGGCCGGCCAGACCUUCUUCAGUCGCGAGUUGCAGUUCCUGGAGGAAAGCGGGGAUCUAUUUCGGGAAGCAGAGAGACAAGAGAAGGAAGUUGAGGAUGGCAGCGAAGAGCGAGAAGAGAGCGAAACGAAGGGAAAGAAAGAAAUGGAGGAAGACAAAGUAGUGGAAGGAUGGAGGAGGUCGCCCAGACGCUUGCAUGCGAAACGGGGAAGCGAGGAGAAGCCGACGCACGAGACGCAGGCAGGCGCCUCUUCCCCGUCGUAUGAUGCUUCAUUGUCUUCCGACGCUUCAUCUCGUCUAGGGUCGUCUUCUGCAUCGUUUUCUUUUUCUGGGGGCUCUUCGAACCCCGUUCCUGUCCAAUCGGUGUCUCUGCCUUCUGGCUGUCGAAUGCCGUCUCCGUCUUCUCCUUCCUGUGCGUCGUCUUCGAGGACUCCCGGGGAAUUUCCGUUCCAGUCGCCACAGGACGUUUCCGAUCUAUUUUCGCCAUCAUCUUUCUCUUGCUCGGCCUCUCUCUCUGAGAGACUAAAACGCUCUGUCGGCAUGACGCCAGGCCCUGCCCUUUCUGCUUGGCUUCGGCGUACAUCUUGUUCUCCUCUUUCGUCCUCUUCCUCGCCGUCUUCUUCCCCUCUCUCCUCUCCUUGCUCUCCCUCGUCUUCUUCCUCACCAUCCCUGUCUUCCUCCUCUUCGUCCUCGCCCUCGUCUCCCAUUUCUUCCUCUUUUCCUGGAUUUGAUGGCUCUCGUCUGACGUGGCGUGACUGGGCUGAAGAUCCGUUGCACGGUCCGCGUUCGAGGACGGAUUCGUGUCGCGUAGAAAGGAUGAUGGUGGCGUAUCACUCGUCGUUGUUGGAAGCGACUCGCGAGUCUGCGUACCAGUUGCUGGCUUCUUCACUGGUUUCUCAGGAUCCGUCUUUUCUCCGCCAGGAGAGCCCUCCUGCGCGUCGGCCUCGUUCUGUCUCUUCGGCUUCCUCCCGGUCUGUCUUUUCCCCUCCUUCGCGUUUUCCUUUCGCUGUUUCCGCUUCUGCUUCCCUCCCUGCUUCGUAUCCUUUCUCUUCUCCUGUUCCUUCCUUCUCGCCUCGCGCCCUUUCUAUGUCUCCUUCAGGCCCCGUGAGGCCUGUAAAGAGCGAUCGGUGGUGGACGACGCUGCAGGUGCAUGCUGAGAGCGGCGGAAAACGCCGGGCAGACAGAGGAGCUCUUCCCUAUUUCUUCGACCCAUUCUGUCCUCCCAGUCUCCUUUACUCCCUGCGGCGCUGGGAUCCACCCGCGUAUGCGGCUUCGCAGCCGUCUGUGCUUCCGCCUCUCUCAGAGGUCAGCGGCAGACCCGUCGUCCGUCCCGCCUCUUCUUCAACCUCGAGUUCUUCGGCUUCUGCUCCCGUGACGGCCUGCUGUGCUGACGAGGAGGCACAGACUGCUUCCCUGCGUCUCCAUCUCUCUCGGUUCAUCCCUCGAUGGUGUCUCCACUCUUCUCACCAGAACCCUCUGGCCUGUGGCGAGCGCAGAGCCGGCAUUGCCUCACGAUCCUCGUCUCAGCGGCGAGAAGAAGGAAAGAGCAGAGGACGAAGUGAGUGUGUGCCGUCGGCCGCGUCGCCUGUCCCCUCUCUGUCAGCGGGCGUUCCUUCUUCUUCCACGGCUUCCUCUUCUCCUGCUGCUGGCGGAGACAAAGAGAAGAGCAAAGAGGCAGACGAAGUCGACUUGUACGAGGGCUGUGAACGCGUGAGAGGAGUGGCGUUCUGCAGAACGACCAAGUACUGGGUCUGCAGCAAGAUGGAAAACGGGAAGCAAAAGUGCAGAUACUUCAGCACAAAGCAGUUCGGCUUUGACGGCGCUCGACGGCACGCGAUUCUUCAGCGCCAUGAGUGGAAACGCGAUGUGCGUCCCGAGCUCCUCGCUGCUCUGCAGGCUUCUUCGCCUGCCUCUUCUUCGUGCUCUUCGUCGUCUUCUUCAGGCGCUGGGUCGAGUUCUGCGUCGAAGGUGAAGGCGGACGGAAGGGCGGACGACGGAGGACGCGAGCGCGAAGAGAGAGAAGAGGAGGGCCAAGGGGGUGGAUCUCCCUCGAGGAGAGAAGAAAGAAGCGAGCGAGGAGACACUCCGGAGGAAACAGUGAAGAAGCGGAGGCGAGGCGAAGACGAAGAAGCGGUGAGGAGGACUCGAGGAACUCGGGCGUCGCCUCGGUGGCAACACAGGGCUCCACUGCUUUCUCUCUCGCCAGAGCUGCCUCUCGGCAACGAAGGCCAGGGAGAGACUAAGCGCAGGACCCGCGCCGACGCGGCGACGGCUGAGAAAACCUGGAAGUCCCUCGAGGAAGAACCAGCAGACUGUCGGAGACGCCGAUGUGCCUCUCCGUUCUCGUCGCCCUCCCCUUCUCACUCUCGAUCGCCCCCUCUCUCCACUGCCUCCAGUUUGUCUGGCUCCACCUCGGAAGCCGUGCUACGAGGAGACACUCAAGAAGACACUCAAGGAGAUACCCACGGAGACACUCGAGGAGACACGCAAGGAGACACGCAAGGAGACACACAAGGAGACACGCAAGGAGACGCAAAGGCGGCAAGGGCCGGGAGUCUUGCCUCCUUGAGUUCGCCUUCCUCUUCGGGAUCUCUUGGGAGUUCUGCUUUGCCUUCUGUUUCGUCGAGUUUCCUGUCGAGUCGACAACUGCGUCUGACUCGGCGCGUAAAUCAGCGCGUCGACGUUCGAGCGGGCGAGGGGCGGGAUGAAGAGUGUCGGACAUCCGUGGAGAUCUGCUCUGCGUCGUGGAGAGAAGGCCGGCGAGAAGAAAAAGGUGGAGAUCUCCAGGGGGGAGACAGAGCAGAAGCGCCAGAGGGUCGAUCUGUCGGUAUGUCUGGCCGACGCAGAGACGAAGAAACACUCAGAACGCAAAAAGUGGAGGAGGGCGACCUGCGACAGCUGAGAAGGAGAGCCGAGAAGGGAGACCCGCGGUCGUAUGUACCGUCGCUGCGGUACGGCUUUCUAUGCGAGCCCGGGGAAAUCGAAGAAUCCGCAAAGCUUCCUCGAGAUGUCGACUUACACAGCGACUCAGACUUCUGCACAGACAACGAGGCGGACGACGAAGAAGAGCGCCAAGUACUUCUGGGCGUCUCGCCGUCUUGGGCCAUGGGCACUGGAGGCGCUGCUCACUCGCCUGCUUCGACUUCUGUCGUUGAUACUUCUUCUCUCUCCUCUCCAGAGCAGGAGCGAGGCGAGAGUGCCAGAGAAGAGAACGGCGUCCUCACGCUCUCUUCGGAUCCAUUGAAGUCCGAAGAAAAGCAGAAUCUCCCGGCUCCUGUGUCUUCUGAAGGCUCCCGGCGUGGGCGCGCCUCAGGUUCUUCUGCGUCUGCACUCCGCAGCGCGACAGCAACGGCAGGAGAGACAGAAGAACAGAUCCUCUCGACAGUCGAGGCGCUCGUUCAACUCAGCCGAAAACUCACCUUCAACGUCAAAAUUCCCGGCAUCGGGUUUCACAAAGGCGUCGAAAGUUGGGUUUGCAUGUGGAAAGAUUUCGAAGGAAGAUCCGUCAGUCGGUACUUCCGAUGUGCGCGCUUCGGCUUUCGACGCAGCUACCGAAUGAGUGUAUGUACACUGCUUCGCCAUGGUACGCCAUCGGCAGUCAACAAGGCGCUGGUGGCGCUGAAGGAAAUAAAACGACGCCGCCGCGAGUGUCGCCGCUCUCUGGAGGAAGGACGAGAGGUGUGGGACUCCAAGUUUCAGGUGAGGGGAGACGGAGAGACAGACGAAGUUCCAGAGAAGCGCAAAAGUCGAGGCCUAGGAGCCUGUCGACGAGGAGGGAGAACAGAGCGCGGAAAAGCAGGGCACCGUGUAGAGACACCCCACAACUUCGGCGCGGGAGACGCAGAGGCCGAGGCAGCCGACGGAGACCGCAGGGAGCGGGACAAGGAGACACAAAGACUCAAAGACGAGGAACGCCUUGAACAGGAAACCGCGGACCACGCUGGCAGUGCUGCGGCUUUUGUCGGCGAGAGACAAAGACGCAGAACAGCUCGACGAGGAGGAGGAGAAGAGGUGAAAAGCGCCGAGGUUGAGGGCCAGGAGAGACAAGACGAGGAAGAAGCUGGAAGAGAAAAUGCAGGAGGGGGACAGGUCAAGGAAAAAGUUCCAGAAGAGGAACUCGCGGUCCCAGAUGCGAGGAAGGCACACAGAGAACCGGGAACGAAACGAGAGGAGGCAGAAGCCGAGGGAGAAGGGGAAAGAAAGAGUGACCCAGAUGUGGCGAAGAGCUCACGCAAACGCGAACAACAAAAACAACGCGAAGAGCUGGAGAGCCUCCCAGUCGCGGAGAGGAGAUGCCAAGAAGAGGAGCAGAAGGGCGGUGCAACGGAGGGAGAAGAGAACAAGGAAUCCGGCGUGAGGGCGCACACAGAGGGCAGUGGACGAGCAGAAGGAAACAUGUGCGAUCAAGAAGAAACGAAGGCACAUGGAACAAAAGCUGAAGGCAGGAGUGAGCAAGCGGAGGUGAAGAGAGGAGACAGAGGAGACGGAAGCGAAGACACUCCGGGUGGCGAGAAGGCAAGUGGACGUCUCGAGCGGGUCGAGACGAACGGGCGAGAGGGAAAGAGAGGUGCCAAGGAAGGCUCGAAGGAGGCGGGCGAGGAGGAGAAUCUGGCGAGACUGGAUGUGGUUUCUCGAGAGAGAAUCCUGAACGAAACGAGCACAGAUGCUUCGUCGAAGAGAGACGAGAGCGCGAGACGAAGCUGGACCGAGCCGAACGCGGGUGGGAGCGUGGAAACGGAAGCCAGCUCGAAAGAAAGUGCAGCACCGCGCGUGGAGUUCAGACUGCGCCGCAGACGUACGACCGAGACGAGAACGGCAUCGGGAGAAACCGAGAGGGCGCUCGCGCGAGGUCGCGGCGUGAAUGAGAGCGGACCGACAGAACGCUUUGGCAAGCGGGAAAGAAGGCGAACGGCGAAGGCGGAGGCGGCGCUGAAAGAGGGCGAAGAGAAGAUGAAGAGGCGAAGGAGGGAUGCGUGCUGGAUGGGUCUCCUGCAGAGAGAUGAAGAGGACGAGUUUCAACGGGCCUUAAAGCGGGGACGAAGAAGCCGGCCGAGGGGCGAGGAGAAGGGGACAGAGGAAGUCGCGUGGCGAGAGGCGCCAGCGGAAAAUGCAGAGGCAAAUGCCGGUGGAGACCUGCUUCCUGUAGAGUCUAGGAAUGGAUCAGGAGAACAGGCCGACCACGUGAGCGCUUCGGCGAGAACAACUCUUCGUUUGGGGAGCUCACAACUAUCAAACGAUGACUUCAGCCUGAACUCAUCGAGUUCGUCGCCCUCGAUGUGUUCUUCCUUUUCUUCUUCCUCGGACUCUGUCUCGCCGUCUUCCCUCUCGUCCGCUUCUUCUCGUCCGCCGUCGUCUCCCUUCCGCGAGGUGUCUGGGCCUCUUUCUCCGUCCGCGGCCUCACUGUCUUCCUCUUCGCCUUUCUCAUCUGCCUCGAGUCGAAGGCCUGUGCCUUUUUCCGCGAUCUCUCCUUCUUCUGCCUCGGAUCUGUCGACGCAGACAGCUGCAUCGAUCUCUCAGUCGACUGCUCUGGACCUCUCGCCGCAGGGAGAGCACAGGGAAACCUCUGCCUCUCCCCGACUUCCUUCUCUUUCGCCUUCUUCGCCUUCUCCUCUUCCGCCUGCGCGUGCUCCUCUCCGUGUCCCUCUCGGCGCAGCUCCUAUUCAUUCGCCAUCUAAGAAGCCUGCCGAUCAACAGCCGGGGGACCUUCGCGCUGUGACAGACUCCCGCCCUUCGAGCGGACUCGGCGGAGUCACGAAGCAUCUCCAGAGGCGCAAGAAAGCCGUGGCGAAUGUCCAUUGGAUGAAAACAAAGACGAAGCUUUCGGGGAAGCGGAGAACGUCCAGGAUGCAGGGAUAG